GGAGCGCUACAACAGUCUCCCUGACUCCCCGAACGCACCGCACCUCUGUCCCGCCACACCGGCUACACUUUAUCAUCAUAUCCCCUCAAAGAGGACGGAGAGGAGGGCACCGGUGCACACCAGAAGCCUGACUGAGGGGGUUCAAGCUGGAUGUUUCCUUCGCGUUGGUAUGGCUCAAUAAGUAAGUUUCCCGUCUCACCGGCUGCGCACUAGAGGAGGAGAGCAGCGGAACUUUCACGGGACCAUUCCCUGCACCUUUUCGGGCAGUUCGCGCUUUUCUAGCCAUAGGAGCAAAUAUCUGCCACCGGCUCCCCUUUCUCUCCAGACCGGAGGCUGCGGAAGUGGAUGGUAUGGUGUAACUUUUCCGCUCCAGCCGAACCUGAGCGGCCGGUGUGCAGAGAGGAGCCGUUUUAUGGUGCUGGAGAGGGGGAUGCGAGCCUCUCCUCCGUCUCGGAUAUCGGAGCGGCUAUGAGGAGAGAGGUCAACCUGCUGGGCUAAAGAGAACAAGACCACACCACACCAACAGAAUGCGGGAACGGGGCCCUUGCAUUUGUGGAGUAGGUGUAUGGAGUCUACUGCUGUCCCUCUGUCUGGCCUCCCUGACACAUGCACACCGGAGCCACACAGUGCAUGUGAAGGCAGGGACGUGUGAGGUGAUCGCUGCCCACCGCUGCUGCAACAAAAACAAGAUUGAGGAGAGAUCUCAGACUGUCAAAUGUUCCUGUUUCCCUGGACAGGUCGCCGGCACGACUCGGGCCAUGCCCUCCUGUGUUGAUGCCUCCAUUGUAAUCCAGAAGUGGUGGUGUCAGAUGCAUCCAUGUAUGGACAGUGAGGAGUGCAAGGUUCUUCCCGACCUCACAGGAUGGAGCUGCAGCACAGGCAACAAAGUCAAGACCACAAAGGUGACCCGAUAGUCUCACCCGUCUCAAAACAAGAAGGAGAAAAUGGGGGUGGAGAUACUGACACAGCACAAUGGACCAGUGGUGAGGAAACACACUCUGAUGGACUUCAAUGAGGAACCAGUCAUUGUUUCAUUUUGCUGAGGAUAACCCAAGAAAUGGCGCCUGAAGAGACAGGACUCUAACACUGGCUGCCGUCACCUUUAACACAACUGAGUGUCCUUGAUCUGUAAAUGCAGAGGACUACAUUACCCACAAUCCUUUACUGCAACUACAAACUUCAACAAAGUGAACUAUGACCUAACCACACACUGGAUUAGAUGACAAAAAAACGACUUUCUUUACGGCAACCUGUAGUCUUCAUCUCUCUUCUAUGGCUUAGUUGUGUUCCAUAUGCAUACUGGGAAUGAAUAGAGAGGAUCUGGUUUUUAGACCUCUACCCUGUAUACUAGAAAAAUAAGGGGGUGGUUCCAGAAUGGCGGUGUCAUUUAAUCUAGUUGACAUAUUUAAAUUGAUUUGUGCCACACAUAAACUUGAUGCUGUCAAAUUGUUUCUCAGACCUGAAACUGAACCUUUUUCUUUUUCCGACUUAACCUCCAUGGACAUGUUUUACCUUGAAUCGUUUGUGGCUCACCACACGCCAUUUUUUAAAAUGGGGGAGACAGUUUAGCAGUCGUCUAUUUUCUUUUGUUUUUUUGACAAAGGAAUAAAAUAUCCUUUCAGGGGUGAGGUUAGACUAAUACCAAGUAGAUGUUACGGUAUAUUGAAACAUGUAAACGUGUAAAAAUGGUUCAUGGAUUAAAUGGGGUUAAAGAUAAAUUUAUGCUCUAAUGGUUUUAAUAUCUGUGUUUUUAAACGCCUGUUAACCGCUAUUGAGUACAUGUGUCAGUAUUAUACGAAAUGAAUAAAACCUUUCAAAGGAAAAGAGAUGUCUCUCAAUUUUGCCUCAGCCUCACAAAAUUUUCUUUUGUGAAGAUUCAGGUUGAAUUAAGGGUUGUUUUGUAAGUGCUCCCCACUCCACUCAUAGUGCAUCACACAUACUGUGCAUAAAACUGAAAUUAAUAAAUCCAAAGGAGUGCAUCAUUGCACAAAUUGUGUGUGGUAAUUCAUUUCUAAAGAAACAUUGAAGCAGAUUGAAACUUAAUAGAAUCAAACACUGGUGAAAUGUCCGUAAAUGUCAUCAACAACUGUAUUUCUUUCCCGUUAUUUUUCAAUUUCUUUUCUUAUCUUGACAUUAAAAAUAUGUUUUUUUUCCCCUGCUUCUGACAAACUGCAUUGCAGACUGUUUGUCAUAGAGAGAAAAUAUGAAAUACUGCACUUCCCUGGGCGUCUUCUGCGAUGUGUGACAUGUCAUUAAUUAGCUGGUUAGAGUUCAGAGAAUAGCAUUUACUGAGCUCCGUGUAGUGCUCAACAAUCCAAGCAGUAUUACAGGAGGAACACGCACACUUGGCUGGAUUUUACACCACAGCAAUCCCAAACAUGCGAGGAAGAAAGAAAGGAUAUUUGUAUGCAGCACAUUUCAGCCAGGACUGAGAAAACAAACUGCGCUGGUAAACAUGAUUGAUUGCAGGAUGUUGUUUCUCUAUAUUUCUGGGAUUUUGUGCAGCUCGAUCAACAGGUGAGUUUUUUCCACAGUGAUUGUAUAUCGGCAGAGAUUCUAUGUUUGCUUAACCUGAUGCACCGGUUACACUGAACCAUCCGGGAAGGCUUUGUUGUUAACUGUUAUGCGCAUUCAAAAAAAAGAUUUGGCAGAUGAUUGGAUAAACCGUCUGACUAUUACUGUCUA